GGUGUGCUGAUGACGCGCAUUUUUGUUUUCUUUCCCAGGUGUCUAGUCUUAGCGGAAGAAAAAGUGAAAUUUAGACCCGGUGUCUUCGUUAUUGUUUGAGAAGAAGCGUUUCCUGAAACAAGAGAGGAGUUUUUGUGAAUGAGAAUCUUUUUUCUUGUUUUGGUCAAACCGGUUUGGCGUCUUUUCGAGGUGAAGGACUGAGCUGGACUUUUUCCACCGAACACCGAGUUGUCACGUCGUGUUUUCUGACUCUAAACUGAGGACCAUCAUGUUCAGACGAAAUAAAGACUCCACGGCCACGACCCCCGCGGCCCCACCCCGACCCAGCAAGGAGGACCUGGAAAAUCCCGUCACACAUGGCGGGAACAGGCAGAAUGCAGGGACGGCCGACGCCUCACCGAGGACCAGGAUGAUGGGAGCGGUUCAGAAGAUCAACUUCUUCAAGUCAUCGUCAUCAAAGGCUUCCACUUCAGUUAGCAAAGCCGCGUCAUCAGUGUCACUUGAAACAGCUCCAGAAUCUUCACAGAACCCUGGUAAGCUGAAAGGGGUCAUGCAAAAGGUCAAGCCGUUUAAGUCUACGUCUCAGGUCUCCAGAGUGCCAUCUGUGGAGUCGCUGGAUAACGGAAGUGUGUCAGAUUCCACACAGGUACCUAAGGCUGACCUUCAGAACUCUGAUUUGGAGCCUGAGAAGACGGGAAAACCGCUCCACACUAAACAGACACCUAAGGCUGAUCUUCAGAACUCUGAUGUGGAGCCUGAGAAAACAGGAAAACCGCUCCACACUAACCAGAAUAACGGGAUCACAGGCAUGAUGCAGAAAGUCAACCCGUUCGAAUCAUCACAACCACAGCAUGCAGCCAAGGAUUGUGAAACAGACUCUCCGGAUCCCGGCACACAGGCAGGAAGUUAUAUUCCUAUUAAAGAAGCUGAUCUCUGUACAGAAGGGAAACAGACCAUUUGGUAUGUUGACAUUGACACCAGCCGUGAGAUCAAAAGUCACACCCCAAGGAAAAGAACCAGGACUUUCAGAAUCCGAAGGAUUCUACCCACUGCUUUAUUUGGCUCUGGAACAAAGGAACCAGAAUCAGACUCGCAUGUUCCUCAGGAAGUGGUCGAGGUCGAAACGCUGGAGUUGGCUGAAGUACCAGUUCCCAGUGAAGGAGGAACCAGUUUGGAUCCUUUAGAUGAUGAAGACGGCCUGUUGACGUGGUGGCAGACAGUAGAAGGCUGGGCUGAGUGGAACGAGUCAAACCAGAAUGAUGAGGCUGAAGUUGUUGUGGAGGAUGCAGCUGAUCGUGUCUUCAUGGCAGCUCGUCUCUUCGUCCGCCUUUUCAACAAGCAUGGCGCGUCUCUCCAGCAACGUAUCCUAGAGCUAGUAUCUCUGGCUGAUGCUGCUGACAGUUUCCACAAGAAAACAGUGGCAGCAAGCAUGGGUGGGGGCAUGGCCAGUGUCGCUGGAUCUGUGACCACCAUCACAGGCCUCAUCCUGGCCCCAUUUACUGUUGGAACAUCACUUAUCGUCACAGCGGUUGGUAUUGGUGUGGCAACAGCAGGUGGACUGACAUCUGCCUCGGCCAAAAUCACCGACACAGUCCACUCAAAGACGGACCGCAAGAAGGUAGAGCAGAUGAUUCAGGGUUACCAGGAGGAAAUCAAGGAAAAGGACUGUCUGGAGUUUGUGCAGGAGGGGAUGGAGACUCUUGAAGAGUGGAACUUUGAAGCGUAUGCUGACAGCAUCACAAAGAAGCACAUGAACCAGAACAUCAAGCAUGUCAUAAUGGAAGGUGGCUGCGCUGGUAAAGCAUUAGCAAUCAACAUGGAUAGCCUGAUCAGCACCAUUCAGGUCCUCAGUGUAGCUGGCGGUGCUGCAAAAGCAGUUCAAGUGAUGAGUAUCACCACGGGCGUCAUGUCGGGCCUCUUCCUGGCUCUUGACGUCUUCUUUCUGGCGAAAGAUUCUAUGGAACUGAAAAAAGGUGCAAAGACUGACUUUGCUGCCAAGAUCCGAGAAGUUUGUAAAGACCUACAGGACGGACUGCUGGAACUGAACCGCAUCAAGGAACAGCUUCAGAAAACCAUGGAUGGGAUUGAGGUGGAGGUCGAAGAGGAGGAGGAUGAUGAUGAUGAUGAGAUGUUGAAGUUUGAUCCAAAUAAAUUUAUUCAGCUUGAAGAGUGAACCCUAAUCCUGGUAGUUUUUUAGUGAUCAAGUAUUACUAUCUCUGAAGGCCUAUGUUGUUAGAAAUACAUGGUUUGAGUGGCUACUGUGUCAUAAGUUAAAUAUUUAUAUAUAAACUGGUAAUUUCAAUCUUUAAUAAAGUUUCCAUAUUGUUCCUAC